CAACAAGUCUGAAUGUAGUCAAAGUUUGAUUUUCAGUUUGAAAUAUUAAAUAUUUACUAAAAUUGUUUAUUAAUUAAUAGCAAUAGCCUUAAUUGGAUCAUUAAACACCCAUGAAUCCAACUAGUCAUCUUUGUCCAGUGAUCCUGCGUAGGUGGAGUCAUGCCUACGCUGAUCAUUCAGCUGCAGUGAAGUCUGUGUUGGCAGUGGAUUUACAGACCAAAUGUUUAACAAGUGAUCCCUGGCAGCCUUAUUUGCCCUCCUUCUGCUGUGGGUGUGGUGCUCCUCCAUCUGUUCUGCGUGACUACUUCUAGGAUGUCGGAGUUGUGUGCGAGACAUCCUCAGCUGGGGACACCAUCUGUCUCGCAUGUCUGUGCUCCAGUCUGCAGGGUGACGUCCAGGUGGUAAAAUUAUUACACCAGGUAGAGACGAGCCAUAAAGAGAAAACAAGCCAGGGAUCAGAGGCUGAAGCUGGGACUUGGACCGGGUUUUAACUGCGUGUGGCUAAGCUGAGUCACUCCAACCAGCAGCGCCAUGGAAAGGGAGCUGGGAAAUUUUCCAUUACUUCUGUGGAUUUCUCUCCCACUAAUAGCUCAUCUGAAUCACUAGGAGCAGCUUCCACUUUUAAGUUUGGUGCACGAAGAAAAGAACUUGUGGAACACAGAAAGGAUUCAUUGGUUCGUUUUUUUUUUCCCCAAACUGGAGGACACAAAGGUUGGAUAAGACUACUGACUGAAACAAUUAUUGCAUUUAAGGUUGCAAAAAUAUUUUUAUGCAUGCCAAACGGAUUACUCUUUCAAAGUCCAUUUUUUUUUGCACUGAAAUCUCCCACUGACGCAAAUGGAAGAGCCACAAACUUUAAGUAUCCUCACGGAGGAACAAAAUGAAGAAAUACUGACAAAAAAGCAAGCUGUUCAUCUAAAGUUUGACAGGGAUAUGAACUUUGAAGAUGCUUUUAACCCUUGGAAUGGUUCCUUAUCCUGCUUUGAACUACCCUUGGAAAGUGUUAACGUGCCUUUUAUCGAAGAAGGAGGAACUCAGACAGAUACAACAAAGGAGACGAGCAUACGGUACAUCUUAGAAGAACCGAAAACUUGGGCCGAAAGUCCUGAAAAUGCUUCAGAUAAAAAGAGUCGGAUGCCAAGUCCUGAUCAGAUUGACAUCGCAGCUGAAAACAAAAUUAACAACUUCAAGAACAUAGAUCCAACAAUGGAUAAGUUUGCAAUAAAUGGAUCUCUUUCCCACGAAUGUCAACAUGUUUCUGCAGACAGCACAGAAGCCGAGUGUAAUGGUUUGUCAAUGUUGAAUAAUAAGCAGGAUGACGCAAAUGAAGCCACUAAAGGUAAUAGCAGUGCAUAUUUUGAGGAAGAUCAUGACCCGGUUUCUCAUUUGGAUUCCGACAACAAGGACUCUGACAAGAACGUACAACCUAAAACCAGACAUCCCACAAUAAUUGUGAAGCGCACGCUUCAUGUUGUUCAAGAACAGGAACCAGAGUUGGAGGAUGCAGGAGAUAAAGAGAAGGGAGAAGAUGCCUGUGAACGCCCCCCUUCCAGCCCAAGUGAGGUUUCAAUGCAUAUCAAUAAACAAGCUGCUACUUAUCCACUUGGGGCCACUCUGACCAGAGCCACAUUCUCUCCAGGCUCCCCAACAGACAAACAGGCCUCAGCUCUGUUCAGUGGUCUGAGGGUCCUGAGGAAGGGGGUGAUUGGACCUGAGCAAGACGUGCUGACUCAGCUCAAACAGUCUGCCCAGGAGGUAAAGAGUCCAAUCGUCAUAGAAAAGCAAAGUGACACAAAGGCCCCGGGAGGCUUUCUGGGCCAGAUUUCCCUGUUUCUGAACAGAGAAAAUUUGCCGGGUGAUAAAGAGGGCGAAGACUUGGUGACUGAACCACGUUCGGAUGAAAUCAGAACCUCACUGAAUGAAAAUGAGGGACGUCCAGAAAGUAAGAGGACAGAACUUCGAGCCGAAGAAGUUACAAAGGCUUCGGAGUUAGUUGAGCCGACUAGACCUGUGUCCAGCGCGGAAGCAGCUUUUGAUGCCUUCAAGGCCUUUUUCACUCCGAAACCUCUGAAAAAAGACUCCGCGGAGAGGACUGACCUGGAGGCGGCGAGGAAGAAGAUAAGAAAUGAUAGAGAUGUGCUAAGAACGCUUUUUGAGAGAACCUCCAAAAAGACACUGGAGAAGAAAGACACAUGUGAUGAAAGAUCAGAGACGCUCACGCCAGGAGAAGGAGAGGAAAAAACUCCUGGUCGUCUACAAGCCGUGUGGCCGCCUCCAAAGGAGGAAAAAGUUGGCCUGAAGUAUACUGAAGCGGAGCACCAGGCCGCUCUCCUGCAGCUGAAAAGAGAAUGCAAACAGGAGCAAGAGAAGUUACAGGAGGAUUAUGAGUUUCGACUCUGCAAACUGAGGGAGGAAAACAGAGCGAGUGUAGAUCGCCUGGAGCAGAUUCUUGCUGAACUACGGGCCAAGGUCUCCCAGGUUUGGAGCCACCAUCCGGGGGGGCUCAAAGAUGCUGCUGUUUCCACAGCAGAUGACUUGUUACACAAAUCCUUCCGCACUGUCAGCAUCCAGACUGACCGAGAGAACUUCAUCAAAAGUCUUGAAGAUGGUGAGGUUAACAAGACAGCCAACUCAAACCUUCAGCAGCAAAUGGGAACCCCCAAAAAGCUGGACAUGGCUUCCAUCAGUCUCAACCUGUCUGGUCAGACAGGAGACGUUGUGUCCUCUUCUUCUUCAGCUUUGAUGUUACUUCAGACUCUUCCUCCCGGAGAGUCUUUACCGCAACAAGGUGCUAAUUGUCAGAGUUCGCAGCCAACCAAACAAGACAGCCUUUUGCCUCCUCCACCACCACCUCUGCCAUCUUUGUCACUGCCUCCACCUCCACCUCCACCUCCGCCCCCUCCGUCAGCACUAGGUGUCGCUCACCCACCACCUCCUCCUCCCCCAGUAGGGGGUUUCAUUGCUGAAAAACCUCCAAGGAAGCCAGCGGUGGAACCUUCCCGAGCCAUGAAGCCUCUUUACUGGACCAGAAUUCAGAUCCAAGAUGACAAAAGCUACUCGUUGUGGAACGUCUUAGAGGAACCACACAUAAUAAACGCCAACGAGUUUGAGGAUCUCUUUGCUAAAACAACAACAGUGGAAAAAAGAAAGCCGCUGUCAGAGGCUUAUGAGAAGAAAGCCAAAGCCAAAAAGAUCAUUAAGCUGCUGGACAGCAAGCGCUCUCAGGCUGUGGGCAUCCUCAUAUCAAGCCUCCACCUAGAAAUGAAGGAUAUUCAGCAAGCUGUACUGACUGUGGAUCAUUCUGUGGUGGACCUGGACGCCAUUGAAGCACUUUAUGAAAAUAGGGCUCAGCCAGAUGAGCUGGAGAAGAUCAGGAAACACUACGAGUCGUCCGAGGAGGAGGACGUUAAACUGUUGGACAAGCCUGAGCAGUUCCUGUAUGAGCUGUCUCAGAUUCCAGGCUUUGCUGACAGAGCAUGCUGCAUGAUCUUCCAGUCAACCUUCACCGAUGGGAUUGCCUCAAUUAAACGCAAGCUCAGCUCUGUCUCUUGUGUCUGCAAGGUUCUGCUGGAGAGCAGCGGUGUCAAGGAGGUGAUGGGACUGGUGCUAGCUCUGGGGAACCACAUGAAUGGAGGCAGCAGGAUCAGAGGCCAGGCCGACGGCUUCGGUUUGGAAAUCCUUCCCAAGCUAAAAGAUGUCAAGAGCAGGGACAACCGGAUCAGCCUGGUAGACUACGUGGUGUCGUACUAUCUGCACAACGUGGACAAGAACGGCGGAACAGAAAAAAGCCUGUUUCCUCUUCCUGAACCGCAGGACGUCUUCAUGGCGGCUCAGGUCAAGUUUGACGACCUCAGCAAAGACCUGAAGCAGCUUGAACAAAAUCUGACAAGAUGUGAGAAAAAUUUACAGAAAGUCUGUUCAGAGUCUCCCGAAGACCACCUGCAGCCGUUUAAGGACAAGAUGGAAGCGUUUGUUCUUACUGCACGAAAGGAGCAUGCAGAAGCGUCCUAUCAGCUGAUAAGUGUGCAAAAAAGUUUCCAGGACGUGGUUCUGUACUUUGGACUCAAACCCAAACCAGGAGAGACGGCGGUGACGACCGGCCACCUCUUCAUGCUCUGGUUCGAGUUCUGUGCCGACUUCAAAGCCAGAUGGAAGAGGGAGAACAAGAGCAUCUCAAAACAGAGGUUAAAAGAGGCUCAGCAGUCAGUGAAGAGGAUCACUGGAGAGAAAAAAGUGGAGACAAGAAAGAUCAACGCCAACAGCCUGAAGGAGCGUCUGCGUCAGAAAGAAGCUCAAGUGACUUCACCAUAAAAUCUUCUGGCUUAUAAUGAAUAAAUAUCCUCAGAAAUCUGGAGCUGACUGAUAGCGGCCCAGGACAGCGAACAACACUUUCAUCAAUCAUUCAAAAUGUGACAUUUUUUUGUUCUUUAAUGUCACCACAAUCUGACUUUGAUGACGCUAUAAUUUAAGUAUAAAAACAUAGCUGGUUAAUAUCUAACUAUCAAACAAUAGCAUUUUUUUUAUGUAUUAUUAAUGUUACCAAAAUAUACACCUUGCAUGCAUUCUUACUGUAUUUUUUUUCCACAAAUAAAAAGAAACACCAGAAAAUUA